AUGAAGAUCAACACAGCUUUGAUUGUUGCUGGAGCCAUACUUCUCAACAUAGCAGGUUCCCUCUGCCAGUUAGAUGUGUGUGGUCAAGCGCCCCUCAACAACAAGAUUGUUGGAGGAGACAAUGCAACAGCAGGGUCUUGGCCGUGGCAAGUCAGCAUUCAAAGUGUCAAAUUUGGAGCCCAUUUCUGUGGUGGGAGUCUGAUCAAUAAAGACUGGGUUUUGUCAGCAGCACACUGCUUCCAGGGCCUCAGUGCAUCUGAUGUUGUGAUGUACUUUGGGCGUCAGAGUCAAUCAGGCUUAAACUCUAAUGAGAUAAACAGAACAGCGAGAGGUAUCAUCAUUCAUCAAUACUAUAACGAUACUCAGUUCAACAAUGACAUAGCACUGGUCCAGCUCUCCUCGUCUGUGACUUUUUCUGAUUAUAUUAGGCCAGUCUGUCUGGCAGCUGCUGGUAGUAAAUUAGCUGGAGGUACAGAGAGCUGGGUCACUGGAUGGGGAACACUACAGCCUGGGGGUCAGACUGCUAAAAUACUGCAGGAGGUGAUGAUACCAAUUGUGAACAGCACUGAAUGUAAAUUUGUCUAUGGAGCACUUAUUACAAGCAAAAUGAUUUGUGCUGGAAAGGGAGGAAAAGGUUCAUGUCAGGGAGACUCUGGAGGUCCGUUGGUCAACAGGAAUGCCUCUGUGUGGAUUCAGUCGGGCAUUGUGAGUUUUGGUCCAAAACAAUGUGAUGACCCCAAAUAUCCCAGUGUGUUCGCCAGAGUCUCUGAGUACCAGGACUGGAUCACCUCUAACAUAGGCAGCAACCCACCUGGAUUUGUCAAAUUCAACAACAGUGGAUUCAGAAGUUCACUCAACUUCCUUUUGUUUGCCAUUUCUCUCACCUUCUCCAUCAUUCCUUUCACCUUUUCACUCUAUCUCACUUCGUAA